AUGGAAACAGAAUCUACCAGCAGCCUGUCUAGCUCAAACCAGACACAUACAUCUAAUUCCAACACAUCCAGACUGGUGUCUAGUGACAGUAUAUCUGACUUACAACUCUGGCCUAUAUUUAGUAUCCUGGAUCAGGAAACACUCAACUCCAUUGAUAAAGUUUGUGUUUUUGGAAGUUCUGGAAAUGAAGCUAUUUUUAUCACUAAAGGUGAUGAUGUUUAUGCUAUUGGAUCAAACUGUAGUAGCUGUUUAGGAUUAGGAGACACGCACAGUAGUUUUGAGCCAAGGAAGAUUGAAGUUUUAUGUAAGAAGAAAAUAAUAGAUAUAGCAUUUGGUAGUGGUCCUCAUGUCUUAGCAGUUUCAGGAUUAGGUGAAGUGUAUAGUUGGGGACAUAAUGGAUAUUGUCAACUUGGUAAUGGUGGAUCAAGUCAAGGAUUGAUACCAGUCUUAGUUACCUCUAGUCUACAGAGUAAACGAGUUGUACAGGUAGCUUGUGGUAGUCAUCAUUCUAUGGCCAGAACACAAGAUGGUGAUGUAAAGAAAUUUCCCUUAAGUCAUUGUUUUUAUCUGCAUUUUUGUUUUAUUGCAGCAAGACCAUGCAUUGCUAUAGCUUGUGGACAAACAUCUUCUAUGGCCUUGAUAGAGAAUGGAGAGGUAUAUGGUUGGGGUUACAAUGGUAAUGGACAGUUAGGUUUAGGUAAUAAUGUCAAUCAACCAGCUCCUUGUAAAGUUACAGCAUUAGCUAGUGUUAUUAUUCAUCAGAUUGUGUGUGGUUAUGCUCAUACAAUGGUACUAUCAGAUGAAGGUGUCAUGUAUUCAUGGGGAGCCAAUUCUUAUGGUCAGUUGGGUACCGGAAACAAGGCUAAUUUAGUAUCACCCGCUAAGGUCAAUUCUGGUGGAGAAAGAUUUAUCAGUAUAGCAGCUAGUCAUUAUUCUCAUAUCUCAGCUGCUACUAGUCAGACAGGCAAUGUUUAUAUGUGGGGUCAAUGUAGAGGUCAAUCAAUCACCUCACCUCUCAUCACUAGGUUUGUGUGUACUGAUGAUGUUUUUGCUACCUUCUCUACACCACCUGUUAGUUGGAGAACUUAUAAUGUAGAUCAGAUAAAAGGAAAUAAACUGGCUCAAAGUAUAGCUAAAGCCUUUAAUGACCCAAUAACUGGUGAUUUGAAGUUUAUUAUAGAAUCUAAAGAAGUCUAUGUACAUAAAUGUAUAUUAAAAAUAAGAUGUGAUCACUUUCGUUCUAUGUUUCAAUCAUGUUGGGAUGAAGAUGGAAAAGAGUCAAUAGAAAUAACCCAGUAUUCCUAUGUGGUAUAUAAGGCAUUCUUACAAUAUUUAUAUACAGACAAUGUUGAUCUACGACCAGAAGAUGCUAUAGGAUUAUUAGAUUUAGCCAAUGCAUAUUGUGAACCAGCACUGAAGAAGAUGUGUGAGUUAAUUAUAAAGCAAGGUAUUACAGUAGACAAUGUAGCCAUGUUAUAUGCUGCAGCUAUCAAGUUUGAAGCUAAGAGCUUGGAAGAAUUUUGUUUUCGAUUUGCUAUGAACCAUCUGACAGAGGUUACCCAAUCAGAAGCCUUCAAUAAUCUGGAUGAAUAUGUUUUAAAGGAACUGAUAAGGCGAGCUGCACAGGCUGGAGCCUUUAAAUACUAG